AUGUCGGAACAGCCCAAGCCUCUCCCUUUUGUCUACCAGUUCAUCGCUGGUGCCGUCGCUGGUGUCUCCGAGGUGCAUCCAUCUCAACAAUACAGCUCUCACCCGAAUGUCACUGACAUAUAUCUANNGAUUCUUGUCAUGUACCCAUUGGAUGUCGUAAAGACACGAAUCCAGCUUCAGAGCUCGACCGCUACUGGUGAAGAGGCCUACAACAGCAUGGUCGAUUGCUUCCGCAAGAUUGUCCGCAAUGAAGGUUUCUCGAGGCUGUACAGAGGUAUUGAGGCUCCCAUCCUCAUGGAAGCCCCCAAGAGAGCAACCAAGUUCGCUGCAAACGACGAGUGGGGCAAGUUCUACCGCAAUCUCUUCGGCGUACCCCAAAUGACCCAAGGUCUCUCCGUCCUGACCGGCGCUACCGCUGGUGCCACUGAGUCUUUCGUCGUCGUUCCCUUCGAGUUGGUCAAGAUCCGUCUGCAAGACAAGGCACAAUCACACAAGUACAACGGUUUGGUAGACUGCGUGCGCAAGGUCGUUCAGCAAGAAGGUGUUCUCACCCUGUACCAAGGUCUGGAGAGCACCAUGUGGAGACACAUCUUGUGGAACGCCGGUUACUUUGGCUGCAUCUUCCAGGUUCGCGAACUUCUUCCCAAGGCCGACAACAAGAACUUCCAAGCCUCCAAGAGUCCAACCCAGAAGACGUAA